UUCGUUGAUGCUCCAGAAUUUCACCGAGGCGAGAGUCUUUCUUCAACCAGAAUUUCACCGGAGGUAUUCUUACUUGACCGGAAUCUCGCUGGAAGUAUUCCUUAUCUGGGUUUCAGAUGUCCUGGAAUUUCACCAGAACAGUUCUUGUAUUACUACGCGCACCCCGUUUGA